AUGGGGAAGUUCGUAUUGCUGGUGGACGAGGAGUGCGUGCAGACGGAAUGGAAAGAUGAGAUCGCUGAGCAGGCCGAGAGCGUUGCGAAGGACAGGGGCGCGCGGCUGCGGAGAGGCACGACGCGGCCGCGCAGCGAGAUUGUGGGCGCGGACGAUGCCAAGGUGAAGGUGGCGGAGCCGGUGGCCGCGGACACCAAGGUGCUGGAGGUGGGCGGGGGCGCCAACCCCAACAGCGGGGAGUUCGACUGCGUCGAUUGGGAAGCGGAGGAGGAGAGCCUGCAGGAGAGCUCGGAAGAGCUGGGCAGCUCGAGCGACGGCGGCGACGACUACUCGGUGGGCUGCGCUGGCGGGGCCUGCGACGUAGCGGACUACGUGGAAACGUACGGCGAGUGUCCCACGGAGUGGCCCGGCGAGCGGGCGCACGCCAGGAAGGUCGACGGCACCGAUGGGGAUCUUCAGCGCGGCCUGAGGCGUUCGGCGCGGUGGCUCGAGGAGCAGACGCUCGCCCCCGAGGGCCCAGACGGGAUGUCGUGGGGCGAGACGCCCACUGCCAGCGUGGGUGCCGCGAUGCUUGAGCAGAUGAUGAAGUACAAGGCGGCAGCGGCGCUGCAGCCGCCGCCGCAGGCGCGCCCCGCGGAGGACCCGCCGCCCGCGCCCGCGGAGAAAACGGUCAUGCUGCAGAUCCCCCUGCAGGUGGCCGCCGCCCAUCCGCUGGCGGCUGGGGUGGUCAGCGGCCUGGAGGUGAGCCUCCUGGAGACGCGCCUCGAGGAUGGUUGCAUGAUCAUCAACCUGCGCGUUGAUGUCGGCGCGGGCGGCGCCGUGGCAUUCGAGCCAUCUUUGGCCCCCGUGCCCGUGGCGCCAGCGCCCGCGCCGGCGCCCGCGCCGGCGCGGACGCGGGCGGUGCUGGCGAAGCACCAGCUCGGCUCCGGGAAGGCGGCGCCCCGCGCGGUGGAGCGGAGCGCGAUGGUCUGCUGCCACUGGAAGAACAAGGGCUUCUGCAAGUACGGGAACUCCUGCAAGUUCCUGCACCCCGAGCACAAGCGCGGGGCAGGCCUGCCCGGCGGCGGGCUGGCGGGGAGCGCGGUGCAGGCGCAGCGGCCAGCGCCGCGGCCGGGCGAGGCCCUGCUGGCAUCGGGGGAGUUCGCAGGCGUCACGAGCUGCCCGCUUCCGGAGGCCAUGCGCCCGGCAUAUGCGGUGGCCGCGUCCGGGCGCUACUCCUGA